GCGUCAUCGGCCUGUCUUUAAGCCGCUGCACAUCCGGCGCCGGUUUUUUCCAGCUGCAGCGGGAUCCGGGGCUUCACGGCGAGCCAGAGGGACAUGGACUUCCAGGUGGGCUCGUCUGCCGGGGAUCCGCUCUCCAAGUGCCUCCGCGCAAGGACCGAGCUGGAGGGGGCCAUUUCAGCCGUUCUGAGGGCCGAGCAUGAAGUGAAAGACAACGGGAGAGAGGUAAAGGCUCAGAUCCACUCCUGCGUCAGCCGUCACUUGGAGUGCCUGCGCAGCCGCGAGGUCUGGCUCCUGGAGCAAGCGAACCUCAUCCAGCAGUUGAAGGAAGAGACCCUCCAGCAGCAGGCCCAGCAGCUCUACUGGUUGCAUGGACAGUUCAACUGCCUCAUUCACCAGCUGGAGACCCCCCACAGCAACGAUCUGGCCAAUCAGAUCACAGUUUGCUUGGAAAGAUUGGGAAGCCUCGCUCUCAAACCAGAGACGUCCUCGGCCUUGUACUUCGAAGCCGAUGCCGCUUUCCUCCGUCAGGCUAUUACUUCCUUUGGUUCUGUCAAAACUGAGAAUUCCGAAGAAAAACCAGCCCCAUUUAACGGCGCCCCGUGCACUUUCGUGUCCCAAAAUCCAUGGCUUCUCCAAAAUUGUUUUGUUCCGGCCGCUGCGCAGAGACCUCUAUCGGAAACGUUGUCGGACAGCUCACUCUCUGAUUGGCUGAUGGAAAAGAAGUCUAACCAAUCUCAGAGCUCUGGUGUGUGCGUUCCAAGUUUUUCCCCCCAGGAUUGGCUGCCAAAGAGUCGCGCCGACGACACCCAGGACGGCUCCUCUAAACCCCAAGUCUUUAGUAUGGAGAAGAUCUGGGGUCAGCUGGGGGAGCUGCACAACUGGCUGCUGCAGUCCAAGCAAGCCGAAGAUCAGACCGAGGAGGCUUCUGCCCGUCCGCGCCUCAGCUCCCUCUCCGGCUCCUUUGAGAAAGUUUGCGACGAGGACUUUGACCUCCAGGACCAGGAGGACGUGGAUAUGUCCGAGUGGCUGGUCUCCCCCGUAGAGCGAGAAGAUACGAUGGACGCGGCCGACAAGUGGAGGCUGGUAUUCAAGCCCUUCUUCGACGACUACAGCCUGAGCGACUGGCUGCCGAAAGUGGAGUCUUGCGGCAACUGCUGCGGCGGUCAAACCGCCGCCCUGGAGAUCGAGAACCUCGGGAACCUGAAGUGCCUCAACGAGCAGCUGGUCGGCAAGGCGGCUUCCGGUUCCGGUAACGACAUGUGGCUGCUGCAGCGGAGCCAGCCGGCGCUGAGGGUGAGGGACGUCUGCAGGGCCAACGAGCCGUGCUCCAGCUUCUCCGAGUGCGUGUGCGACGACAGCUGCGAGAAGGACGCGCUGAAGAAGUGGCUGCUGAAGAGAGAGGGCAAGGACAAGAACGGCGUUCCGCAGCAUCCAGAACGCGAGCCGGAGAAAGCGGGGCCCCCCGCCGACGUGUGGCUGCACCCCUGCAGAAGAGCUGCGGAGGACCAGUCCCACCCCAAAAAUCUAAGCCAACACGACCCCUGCCUCAAGCAAUUGAAAGCCUUGCUCGAAGCCCCCCUGGCCACUUGGGUGGCCAAUUCUGGUAAAACCGAAAAGGCGUGCGAGGAGACGGCCGAGAGUAAGUGGAAGCCCCCCGGUUUGAGUCCCCCGCCCCAGAACUCCGGCACCUGGGUGUUGGCCUCCCAGAGCACAGAUAAGUCGGACCUGCCUGUGGUGGAAGAUAAGUGGUUACUUCGCAAGAAAGCACAUGACUAUUAUGGUCUAAACAGCGUCUGUGACCUGUUCACCUGCAUGAAGUUAGCCGCCGACAAAGACAAGUGGUUGUACCGCAGUCCCCUGCAGAUGUGACGCACCUUAUGAAUCCUUGAACCCACUGUCGACCUUCUCGCCGAGGACGCGCAUCCUUAAAAUCUUCCUGCGCUCUCCUGCCGCAAAUAUUUUACUAAUCAUUUAUACGCAUUAAUAUAUCGCCCUUAUUAUUAAAAAAAUAAUAAUAAUAAUAAAAAAAAAGCAAAAGUGGGGGACAAAACGCAAACCGUCAUAAUUUCUCUUUCCAUGGUCUGGUACACUCGAGUUGUAGCCAACCUUGCUGCUAGGGUAUCGGUUUUUAUUUUAAUUAUUUUUCCUCCACAAUUCUGCAAAAACAUCAGCGGUGAUGACAUCAGAGGGUAAUUGAGAUUAUCCUCAUUUUGUG